AGAUUUGGUUAACAAUUAUGGACAGAUUAGCAGGAGCCAAACCCGAAUCAGAGAGGCUAGUUCGUUGCAACUCAAAUCAAGGGUCAAGUGAUCGUGUUAACGGCAACAACACUGUUGAUAUUGUGUCCAAAAAUCUAUUGCCUGAUUUGGACGACCAAAAGGGACAACUUGGUCGAAUUUUGAAAGAAACUGAGAACAACGACAAACAACACUGCAGCGAUUCUACGUUGACAAUUGCCACAACUCUCUUCACCAUCAUCCCUCUUCUAUACCCUUUUCUUGAAGACCCUAACUUCUUCCUCAAGCAACAACCUCCAAGCCAAAGCAGCAUCAUCAAGCUAGAAAACGGCGUUGUAACAUCACAUGAGAGCUGCGACAUAUUCUCGGGAGAGUGGGUUCCUAACCCUGAGGCACCUUACUACACCAACACGACGUGCUGGGCGAUACACGAACACCAAAACUGCAUGAAGUUUGGAAGACCCGACACGGAUUUCAUCAAGUGGAAAUGGAAACCUUAUGGGUGCGAAGAUGGCUUGCCGGUUUUUGACCCGUUUAGGUUUCUUGAGAUCGUUAGAGGCAAAACCAUGGCGUUUGUUGGUGACUCCGUUAGCAGAAACCACAUGCAGUCUUUGAUCUGCCUUCUCUCUCAGGUUGAGUAUCCGAUGGAUGCUUCCGUUAAGGAUGACGAUUAUUUCAAACGAUGGACAUACGAAACAUACAAUUUCACGAUUGCCGCAUUUUGGACACCACACUUGGUAAAGUCCAAAGAACCCGACCAGACCCAGACCGAGCAUACUGAUAUCUUCGACCUAUACCUCGACGAGGCAGACGAGAGUUGGACAGCCGAUAUAGGAGAUUUUGACUACGUGAUCAUCUCAUCUGGUCACUGGCAUUACCGGCCAUCAGUCUACUACGAAAACCGGACAAUCACCGGUUGCCAUUAUUGCCAAUUACCGAACAUAACCGAUCUCACAAUGUUUUACGGGUAUAGAAAAGCUUUUAGAACCGCGUUUAAAGCGAUCUUGGACUCGGAAAGCUUCAAAGGUGUAAUGUACUUACGAAGUUUUGCACCGUCACAUUUUGAAGGCGGGUUGUGGAACGAAGGAGGAGAUUGUUUGAGGAAACAACCAUUUAAGAGCAAAGAGAAUCAAGAUGAAACGACAAUGAGGCUACACAAAAUUCAGUUGGAAGAAUUUUGGAGAGCUGAAGAAGAAGCGAAGAAGAAAGGGAAGAGGUUAAGACUACUAGAUACGACCCAAGCGAUGUGGCUUAGACCCGAUGGUCACCCAAGCCGCUACGGCCAUAUGCCAGAGGCCAAUGUCACGUUGUAUAACGACUGUGUUCACUGGUGCUUGCCUGGUCCUAUCGAUAACCUCAACGACUUCUUGCUCGCUAUGCUAAAGAGAGAAGAAGACAAAGGAUCAUUGGCUCAAAUUCCAUCAUCUGAUGAUCGUUCGUCCCCAGUCAUCACAAUACCAUCAAGAACGCGGAUCAGAGAUGAUGAGCAAAGGUGUGAUCUUUUCACCGGGGAAUGGGUACCGAACAAAGAAGCUCCAUACUACACCAACACGACGUGCUGGGCGAUACAUGAACGCCAGAACUGCAUGAUGUUCGGGAGACCAGACACCGAGUUCAUGAGAUGGAGGUGGAAGCCAGACGGCUGCGACCUCCCCAUCUUUGAUCCUCAAGAAUUCUUGGAAAUGGUAAGAGGGAAAGCCAUGGGGUUUGUUGGUGAUUCCAUUAGCAGAAACCAAGUCCAGUCUCUCAUGUGCCUUCUCUCUAGGGUAGAAUAUCCUGAAGACAUUUCUUCUUCACCAGAUACAGAUUUCAAAGUAUGGAACUACACAUCCUAUAACUUCACUCUUCAUGCCAUGUGGUCACCAUUAUUAGUGAAGUCUACUAAACCUGACCCUACAGAUCCGAAGUCCAACUUCUUCAGACUAUACCUUGACGAGUAUGACACUGAGUGGACAAGUCAGCUCGACCAUCUCGACUACCUGAUUAUAUCAUCUGGCCACUGGAAGGCUUUAAGAAUAUCUCUAAAAGCUAUACUCGAAAAUUUCAAGGGUCUUGCCUUUUUGAGGAGUUUUUCUCCUCAACAUUUUGAAGGUGGGCUUUGGAACGGAGGGGACUGUGUAAGGACACAACCUUACAGACGAAACGAGACAAUACCCGAAGGUGCAGAUCUCAAGGUUCACGACAUUCAACUGGAGGAAUUUAGAGCUUCAGAAGAAGAUGGGAAGAAGAAGAAUGGUUUGAGGCUGAAGUUAAUGGACAUGACACAGGCAAUGCUAUUGCGACCAGAUGGGCAUCCUGGGAGAUAUGGCCAUCUACAGAAUGCAAAUGUGACUUUAAGAAAUGACUGUAUUCAUUGGUGCCUGCCUGGACCUAUCGAUACUCUGAAUGAUAUACUGCUACAAAUGAUGAAGACAUAGAACUAGAAAGCAUCCCUCAAGAAUGAAUAGUGGAGACAAAU